AUGAUGUCAAAAAGAGCAUUUGCAUGCUCGUCUGCUGCCAUACUUAUCGGAUAUGACAUGACACUGAUUGGUUCCAUUAUUGCCAAUACCGAGUUCGUUGAGUUCUUUGGUACAUACGACAAUGCUGCUCAGUCGUGGGCUCUUCCAGCGAGCCACCAGCUGAUUUGGAGCCUUGUUCAAUAUGUGUCUGCCCUGGUCGGUGCUCUGUGCUCGGGACUUUUCAAUGACACUUUUGGCCGGAGACCUGCAUUCCUUUCUGUCAUACUAUGCAAGGCACCGUUCCUGUCUACGUCUCUGAGCUCGCCCCGAGCCAACGUUCGCGGGUUUCUACUUUCUCUCUUCCAGUUCUGGAUCAUUGUCGGGUCAUUUCUCGCCGCCUGCGUUCUGGAGGGCACUACUCACGUACCGAACGCAUGGCCUUGGAAAGGAACCGUUGUCUCCCAGAUUGGUCUUGGUGCCAUCUGCUUAGCAUUGUUUCUUCCAGUGGUACCUGAAUCUCCGUACUAUCUCGUGGCCAAUUCCAAAACGGGUGCAGCUCGAGCUGCCCUGAUCAAAUUGAGAGGCAGAGAAGUUGGUUACGGCGUUGACGAAAAUCUCGGCACUAUUAUUUCAACAUUGGAACAUGAGAGAAAGAAUCAGAGCGAGGCACCUUCCUUUAUAGAAUGUUUCAAGGGAACAGAUUUUCGACGAACGCUCAUCGCGUGUCUUCCAAUGGCCAUGCAACACUUCAUGGGCUAUGGUCUUUGCGGCAACUACCUGGCUUACUUUCUUAACCUCUCUGGUUUUAGAAACUCUUUCUUGAUCACGCUUAUUUCUAUGUUUAUUGGUCUAUUCGCAGGAGCUUUUUCGUUCCUCAUAAUUGAGCACGUUGGAAGGCGACCACAACUGCUAUUUGGCUCCUUUGUUGUGUGUUUAUGUCUUCUUGUGAUCGGCAUUUUGGGUUUCGUCAAGCCUAGAAGCCAAAGUACCAGCAUCGGAGUUGCUAUUCUGUGCAUCAUCUGGAAUGCCUUCUACUACAUAUCAGUUGGUGCGGUGGGCUGGACUAUUACAAGCGAGAUGACAUCCUCUCGACUACGCUCGAAGAGCAACGCGCUGGCCGCCGGUGUUAACUCCCUGUUUAAUAUGGCCUGGUCCAUUGCUAUUCCAUAUCUCGUCAACACCGAGAAUGCUAAUCUUGGUGCCAAGACUGGCUUGGUAUACUUCGUACCUGGUGUUUGCCUUUUUGUCCUGGCCUACUUCGUUGUCCCCGAAACUAAAGGGAAGACGUGUGACGAGCUGGAUAAGCUCUUCGAAGCUCACACACCCGCACGCAAGUUUUGA